AUGGUCGGCAAUACGAAGAUCAUCGACAUCCGUGUCGGUUCCACCGACUUGGACAUUGUAUCGGACAUCAAAAAGGGCCUCAAGCCACAGGACGGAGGGGAAAAGAGACUGCCUACUUUGUUGUUGUACGACGAAACCGGGCUGCGACUCUUUGAGAAGAUCACGUACCUUGACGAAUACUACCUUACCAAUGCCGAAAUCGAAGUGUUGGAAGCAUGUGCCGUACAGAUCGCACGCCGUGUGCAGCCAGGAUCGGUCAUAGUCGAGCUCGGCAGUGGGAACCUUCGAAAGGUCAACAUCCUGCUGCAAGCUAUCGACCGAUUGGGGAAAGACGUGGAAUACUACGCUGUCGACCUGUCUCUACCAGAAUUAGAAAGGACUUUCUCUGAGAUCCCCACAGAGGGCUACAAGCACGUGAGAUGCUUCGGACUGCAUGGAACCUAUGACCAUGCAUUGGAGUGGCUGAAGUCAUCUAGCGUCAAGGAUAAGCCCAAGACCAUCCUUUGGCUCGGAUCCAGCUUGGGUAACUUCAAGCGACAUGAGGCAGCGUCGUUCCUUGCCGGUUUUGGCGAUGCUAUCAAGACUGGUGACACUAUGCUUAUCGGUAUCGACUCGUGCAAAGACCCUAGCCGUGUCUAUCAUGCUUAUAACGACUGUCAAGGCGUGACACACGAGUUUGCUCUCAACGGUCUAAAACACGCGAAUCAACUCAUGGAGAAGGAGACCUUCAAGCUUGAUGAAUGGGAGGUCAUCGGAGAGUUUGAUGUGAAGGCUGGGCGUCAUCAUGCUUUCGUCGUACCGCUGAAAGAUGUCAAUGCCGAAGGUGUUGAGAUCCCCAAGGGUGAGCGGAUUCGCAUUGAGGAGAGCUACAAGUAUAGCCGAGAAGAGAUUCUGGAACUCUGGGAGGGUGCUGGUCUUGCGGAAAACACAGUGUGGUCCAACACUAGGGGCGAUUAUGGUCUUCACUUUGUGUCCAAGCCCGCAGUUUUCUUCCCCAUGAAGCCGGACACAUACGCUGCGCAGCCAGUACCAUCUCUCACCGAAUGGCACGAGUUGUGGAAGGCUUGGGAUGCUGUCACCCGCCGGAUGAUACCAGAAGAAGAGCUGCUGUCCAAGCCUAUCAAUCUGCGCAACGCUUGCAUCUUCUACUUGGGUCAUAUCCCAACCUUCCUCGAUAUCCAUAUGGCUCGAGCAACUGACGGCAAAGCUUCAGAUCCUGCAUAUUUCUGGCAGAUCUUUGAGCGUGGCAUCGACCCAGACGUCGAUGAUCCCGAGAAAUGCCACGCACAUUCCGAGAUCCCUGACUCAUGGCCCCCUCUCGACGAAAUCUUGAUGCACCAACAAGCGAUACGUGCAAAGGCGGAGGAUCUUUACACAUCUGGCGCUGUGGAGAGCAAUCCCCGCGUUGCACGCGCUAUGUGGCUCGGCUUUGAGCAUGAGGCGAUGCAUCUGGAAACCCUCCUCUACAUGCUCGUUCAGAGUGACAGGGUUUUGCCUCCUCCCGGCACUGCGAUACCAGACUUUGCAGCUCUCGCUAAGUACUCAGCAGCGACUGCAGUCGAGAACGAGUGGUUUACUAUCCCCGAGGCAGAUAUCACUAUUGGUCUUAACGACUCAGACAACGACAAGACCACUAAGCGAUACUUUGGCUGGGACAACGAACGACCCUCCCGCUCAGCUCACGUGAAAUCAUUUCGUGCGAGAGCUCGCCCCAUCACCAACGGCGAGUAUGCAGCCUAUCUCACCAAGACCGACCAGAAGAAGAUCCCUGCAUCAUGGUGUGAGCAACAGCACCUAAGCGACGCAGCCCGCAUUGCAAACAAGAGAGACAGUGUCAUCAACGGUUUCCAAAAUGGCUUGUCGGCUCUUACCGACGGAAAGUUCGUCAAGACGGUGUAUGGUACAGUGCCGCUCAAGUAUGCGCUCGAUUGGCCAGUGGUCGCUUCUUACGACGAAGUGGCCGGUUGCGCACAGUGGAUGGGCGGGCGUAUACCUACUAUGGAAGAGGCGCGAAGCAUCUACAGCUAUGUCGACAGAUCCAAGAACAAGGAGCUUGAGGCUCUUGGUAACACUAUUCCAGCGGUGAACGGACAUCUAAUCAACAAUGGCGUCGAUGAGUCGCCGCCAUCCAAGUCUUUGUCAAAUGGCGAUGCUGGCGCAGCCAGUGGAUCCACUCUCAGCCCACACGAUCUUUUCAUCGACCUGGAGGGAACGAACGUCGGCUUCAAACACUGGCACCCUGUCUCUGUAGCCGAAAGAGGUGGUAAGCUCUGCGGCCAAUCUGACUUUGGUGGUGUUUGGGAGUGGACCAGUACUGUGCUAGCGGAGCAUGUUGGCUUCGAGCCAAUGGAGCUAUACCCAGCUUACACAGCCGACUUCUUUGACGGGAAGCACAACAUCACGCUCGGUGGAUCCUGGGCGACCAUACCGCGUGUCGCAGGCCGCAAGACCUUCGUGAAUUGGUACCAGCGCAACUAUCCAUACGUUUGGGCUGGCGCCCGCGUGGUCGCCGAUCUCUAG